CAGGCUGGCGUCCCAUGAUCCGCAAUUUUUUCCGGACCCGGAGAUCCGGAAUCUAGUUAUUUUUCACAGCGCCAAUCAGAGGCGUUCCGGUUAUACCGUUCCGUGCCCGCCACUUGCAGUUGUGAAAUGUCAACGGAAUUCUCGUGCUGUGUGCAUGUGUGCACCAUAACAAUCGCCACAAAGAUCAAGCUUUUUUCUUCACGAAAAUGAAUUCAUCUGUAGGUCCUCCUGUUAAGUGUGGAUACUGCGGUUGGCUAAUACAAGGAUGUAACAACAUCAUAAUGCACAAGUGCUUAGAGCACUAUAAUGAGUACAUCCACUAUCUGAAAGUUGAUGACAAUUUCGUUGUAACAUUGAUACCAAGGCCAGAUGCCACACAAAAUGCUGUCAGCACACAAGAUCCAGCUACCACAGAGAUUGUCAGUUAUCGACAAACAGCAACGGAAGGGGUUGACAAUGACCCGAAUUUUGAUGAGCGCCUCAUCGAUGCUGUUUCCGAAAGACCUGCACUCUACAACAUCAGACUUCCUGUGAAAGACAGAACAAAAUUAAAAAUGCAAUCACUGUGGUUGGAAGUCAGCAAUGUCUUAGGAGGCACAACCCCGGAAGAUGCAAAGAAGAGAUGGCAAUAUUUGCGUGAUUGCUAUAUUAAGGACAAAAACAAGCAGCUGAAAUACGUACCUAGUGGGUCUGCAGCUGAUCCUUCAAAAAAAACUUCAUUUCGCUUUUACGAACGAAUGAGAUUUAUAAGCGACCAAUUACCAAAUACAGAAUCUGUUAGUAAUUUAGCUGAGCCACAAUCACCUCAAGAUAGCGGCCGCUUCAGCUUGUCACCCCAAGGGAACGUCGAGUUGCGCACUGUUCUUCCCGGUCCAUCAUCAACGUCAUCCACAACCUCUUACACGUCAAUACGCCCUGAACGUCACACAACAAUGUCACCUACGCCACCUCCUAGAACUCCGACGCCAGGCAGCAAAAAGCGCAAAACAGACGAUAGUAAUGCAAGUGUGCGUUCUGCAUUACUAACUGCUUUGCAGCAGCCUGUGCCACAGCCAGAUGCGGUUGAUGGCAUACUGAUGCGACUAGGUGAAGGUCUGCGGAGACUGCCAUAUCGCGAAAGAGCAGCGUUAGAAAUAAAGUUUUUGACGCUACUAAUGGAAGCUGAAGGUAGACUGAAUUUACCAGAAGUCCCUUGACAAACGGAUGGAUUGAUGCCUUCCACAACAAAGUAUUUUUAAGGAUUUUCUUACUUCAGGUCAAUUACGUAUGCUAGGUUAGGUCUACUACUACUAUCAACUAGUUUUAUAUUCUCGUUAUUACUGUUAUCAAUUUCUGAGACAAUACAAAUUGAGUGAUUGAAA